AUGAACACUUCAAAAAACAAUGAUAUUAAUAUACUCGAUUUACCUGAUGAAAUGUUACUUAUUAUUCUCAGCAAAAUGGAUAUGGUUGAUAUAUUCUAUUCACUUGUGGAUCUAAAUAAACGCUUUAAUCAAUUAGUAUUCGAUCCUCUCUAUAUUCAUCAUUUGGAUUUAAGAAGCAAAACAUUCAAAAAUCAUAAUUCUUCUGUAGAUAAUCAAGUUUUCGAUCAAAUUCGCACAAAAGUUUUACCUCGAAUUCAUUAUAAAGUGAAUAAAAUCACGGUUACAUUACCUUUUAUGGAAUUUAUUUUUAAUACAGUUGAUUAUCCUCAACUUCACUCGCUAUCAAUUGUCAAUUUUCAACAAGAAACACUUUUACAAUAUUUAACAAGUGAUGUAAUAUUUUGUCGUGUUCUUAGUGAUCAAAUAACUCAUCUUAAAGUCGAAAUCAAAGGUGGCAUAAUAGGCAAACUACCCAAAUUAAAAUGUUUCUCAUUGAUCUCGUAUUUUCAAACAUAUGCUUAUGACAAACGAAUUGUUCCACUACUUCGUCGAAUGUUAAAUCUCGAAGAAUUGACAUUACUUAUCUCAGCGACAAGAAUUAAAUUGCCUUAUAUCGAUGGUAAUCAUUUAUACAAUGAUUUUCUUGUUCAAAUGCCACGGCUAAACAAAUUUACAUUCAGUAUAAACACUCUUAUUGACGAUAAAGAUGUUAAAAUUGAUCUUCCAUCGAAUGAUGAUAUUCAAAAUAGUUUUAUCAAAAUAGGAUAUCAACAUGUGGAUUCAUAUGCCAAUGUUAUGAAAAUUGGAGGCAGAUGCCAUGCAUAUUCACUUCCAUAUCAAUUCGAUACUUUUUUACAUUUAACCAACUCGUUUCGUCAUGAUAAUUUCUAUAAAGUUCGAUGGCUGGUUAUGAGUGAUGCACAUUCAUUUGAACAUGAAUUUUUUAAAAUACUCUCUCAAGAUUUUCCUUUUUUGCAACGAUUAACUGUGUAUAAUUUAGAACCACAAAAGAACAAGCAACAUUCAUCUACAUUGAUUACGUUUGCUGAAGUUUCCGAGCUGAAUCUUGCGUUCGCACAUAUUGAUUAUGUUGAAGAAUUUCUCUUGGAAACAAAUAUUCGUUUACCUCGAUUAACAAUUCUGGGUGUCAAAUAUGAAUCAUUAGCAAUGGUAACAAAUAAUUUUACAAAUGAUGCAGCACGUUUCAAUUGUAGUCAAUUGCGACACAUUACUAUACUUGAACCAUUUGUUCGUCCAGAGAAUUUUCAUUCAUAUUUUCCUUUAUUGUAA